CUUCAUCGCCCCUACGGAAAGCAGGAGACAAGCUGACGACCAUCUCUCGGACUCUGCGGCGUGCAUCGUUGCGUGUGGUCAACAUGGCCGGAAUGGGCAUAGACGAACACGUCAGACUUGCGGACGUGGACGAAAAGAUUGUAGAGAAAGAGCGGGUGGACAAAGACGAGGACGUAGACGAGAAGGACUACGAACAGGUUGUCCUCGACUUGUCAAGGACGCUGCCUAUCCGUGGUAGAGCCCUUGGUUUUAUGGGCCCUACGAAUAGGGUACGGCUAGCGAUGUAUCGUUUUCUGAUUCAUCCGUGAGUAACAUGCUCUGG